AUGUGGCACCAGCAUUUUAUAAAUGAAAGUAAUUCUUACGAUCAAUCAAAAUCUCUCAUUCAACUUUUGUAUAACGUGACAGUAACCUAUCUAAAUGAUUGCACACCUGUAAUUCUCUACGAUGAUCAAAUCAACUCAACUGAAGGAUAUCUGUUGCAAAACCUUAUGAAAAAUUUUCCUGUAGACUUUGUUCACGGUGUUAUAGAUGAUAAAAAACGUCUUAUAGAACCAAAUAUUCUGCGUCCAAAAGACGAAUGUCUGCAUUACAUUUUAUUUAUUAAUGACGUUAAAAGCAGUGCUAGUGUAUUAGGGAAACAAUCUAAUAACAAAAUUGUUGUAAUUACUAAAUCUUCUCAAUGGGCUGUUCAAGAGUUUUUAUCAAGUUCAAUGUCAAGAAUUUUUGCAGAUUUGCUUGUCAUUGAUCAAAGUUUUAAGGAAGACGAUGAUAGUUUGGAAGCCCCGUAUAUACUUUACACACAUCAAUUAUAUUCUGAUGGAUUAGGCACCAGUAAACCUUUUAUUCUCACAUCAUGGAAAAAAGGCAAAUUUUCGAGGAACGUUAACUUAUUUCCACGGAAGAUUAGUGAGGGUUAUGCAGGUCAUAGAUUUCUUAUCGCAGCUGCGAACCAACCACCAUUUGUUUUCAAAAAACAUGUAGCUGAUGCAGACGGUGGAAACCCUCGGAUAGUCUGGGAUGGAAUAGAAAUAAGAAUUCUUAAGGUGCUAUCGGAACUAAACAACUUUACUAUAGAGAUAGUGGAACCACGCGACCUCCACUUGGGACCCAGUGAUGCAGUUGCAAAUGAAAUUGCACUCGAACGAUCUGAUAUUGGAGUUGCGGGGUUAUAUUUGACAACUGAAAUAAUCAGGGACAUGGAAUACAGUUUCGCACAUUCUCAAGAUUGUGCGGCAUUCGUGACUUUAGCAUCGACAGCAUUACCAAGAUAUCGCGCAAUUCUAGGACCAUUUCAUUGGCAUGUAUGGGUUGCUUUAACAUUUACGUAUUUAAUAGCUAUUUUCCCUCUGGCAUUCUCUGAUAAACAUACCCUGAGCCACUUGAUAAACAACACAGGUGAAGUUGAGAAUAUGUUUUGGUAUGUCUUUGGGACGUUCACGAACUGUUUUACAUUUGUCGGGAAGAACUCCUGGAGUAAGACCGACAAGAUUACUACGAGGCUGUUAAUUGGUUGGUAUUGGUUGUUUACAAUCAUUAUAACAAGCUGUUACACGGGUUCUAUAAUAGCGUUUGUGACUCUCCCCCUGUACCCAGAGACAGUAGACAGCGUUCAGCAAUUACUGAGUGGAUUUUACCGAGUGGGGACACUAGACAGAGGCGGCUGGGAGAGAUGGUUUCUUAAUUCUUCUGACCAGAAUACAAAUAAGCUGAUGAAAAAAUUAGAAUUUGUCAGGGACAUAGAGACUGGCAUUCGAAAUGUUACAAAAGCUUUCUUUUUUCCGUACGCCUUUUUGGGAUCCAAAUCUGAGCUGGAGUAUCUAAUUCAAGCUAACUUUUCGAAAUCUGAGUUGUAUCAACUUCACUUAGGACUACCACAGUAGAGGAAAAAGGCUUAACAUUAGAAGAUACACAAGGAAUGUUUCUUUUGCUGGGUGCUGGGUUCCUUAUAGCAGCCG